AUUUUGACGGCGCAGAUCUCUGCACAAAUUUUUCCGAAUAGUAAACAAAAAAAAAAACUGCAAGUAUAAUAAAAAAUUUUCUUUGCAAAAAAGCAGCUUAAAAAUGCAUUAAAACAGUCGAAUUAAUUUGCAAAUUAAAUAAUUUAUAACGAACAAAGAAGAAGUUAUUAAUCAAAUAAAGACGAAAGCAUUGAUUUUGCAAAAAAGAACACAAAAUGUCUCAAAGUACGGCUGGUACUGGAGGCGUCAGUAGGCGUGAACUGAUAGACCACACAGCGGUUGGUGUAGGUAUUAUCAAUAAUACUAUAACUGCAAGAUAUGGUGCUGGCGAUACGGAAUGGGAAGCUCGAGAGUCUCAGCGUCAAAGGGAAUUGGAAGAGGCACGCGCUAGAGCAGCACAAAUGGAAAAGACUAUGAAAUGGUGGUCUGAUUGCACUGCCAAUUGGCGGGAAAAAUGGAGUAAGGUGCGUAACGAACGCAAUAAAGCCAGAGAAGAAGCUAAACAAUUGAGAGCUAAUCUUGAGAUGUCCAUGAAAGAAGCAAACUCCUAUAAACGAGAGAAAAAUGAUCUGGAAAUGCAAAUAUCCCAACUUAAAAAAGAAAUGGAAAAGGUUCAUUCGCUGAUGAUGAAACAUGCUGGACAAUUUCAUAAGACAGGAAUGGCUGAUACUGGAGAAGAAAACGAAGCAAAUAGUAGAGAUGCUAAUUGUUCUCCUGAUAUAUCUUCGGAUGGUUUAAAAAAUGUCAAUAGCGAAGAUGGUUUAGUUACUAAGGCAGCAGCUGGUGGUGAACUUAAAGAUCUCGAUAUUGAAGAAUAUGUUUUAAAAGGUGCUGUACAUAAAAAUUUAUCCGAUUUGGAUGAAGUUUCCGCUGAGGAAAAACGAUUAAUUCAACAAUUAUCAAAAGAUGAAUUCGAUGAAGAUUACUUAUUGCAAAAAAUAUCGAUGUUACAAUUGCGCUUAGAUGAGGCACAGAAAACUGUGCAAGCAGAAAGAGACGAAAAACAUAUACUACAUAAAAAUAUUGAAAAGCUAUCAUUAGAAAUACAAGAAGUUCGAGAACGUCAAGAAGAAUUACGCUCAGCUAAACAGGAAGCAGUACGAGAACUAUUAACACUACAAGAAUCUCAUCGUGCUGAAAUGCGUAUUAUAAACAAUUCUCUACAAGAAGAAAUAGCAGCACGCGAGAAUCUUGAACGUCGCUUAAGUGAAUUGCGUACAGAAUUGGAACGUUUGCAAGUGGAAAAUGCCUCGGAGUGGGGUAAACGUGAACGUUUAGAAACGGAAAAAUUGGCUCUGGAACGCGAUAAUAAAAAAUUACGAACUGAACUACGUGAUUUUCAAGAACGUUCGGAUCGCAAAGGAAGACCUAUGCAAGCAACCGAUGCUGAAAAUCGUGCUCUACAGCAAGAGUUAGCUGAUCGCAGUAAGGAAUUAAGCGAACUUAAAAUAUCACAUUCCAAACUAAAGAAACUGUUAUCUGAAACCAAUACUGAGCUGGGUCAUGCAGUAAGACGUGCUGAACAAUAUGAAGCCGAGGUCAAACGUUUACGUCAACGUGUUGAAGAAUUAAAGCGAGAAUUGGCUGCAGCUGAAGAUGAAUUAGAUUCGGCAGUAAAUCAAGUGAGACGUCUGCAGCGCUCCAAUGACGAAUUAGUCGGUCAAAAUGAAGGAUUGCAAGUACAGAUACAACAUCUACAAACCAGACGUGCACCUAGUCCACAAAUGCGCGGAAGUUUUAAUGGUGUACAAUUGCGUAAUAAAAUAGCAGUUGAAUUACCAAGUGAUUGUUUGCCAAACAUUAAUGAUUUACGUCAGAUAUUCGAUGAUGGUUCGGCGCAAGGUAAUAUAGGGUUACGUCAUUCAACUGGCGCUGAACCAUCAUCCAAGCGUUCCAGUCACACGGAACGUACUCUCUUGCAACAACAGCAAGCGAAUAGUUUUUUCGAUGCGAAAACAUCACAUGUUGAAGAGAAUAUAUUUGAAGCAAAAAGUCGUAAUCUAGAAUUUGAAAGGGCUAAGCAAAAAUUUGAUAAUCCAACGCAUUUGCAACAUCAACAUCAUCACCACCAGCGCGAACAACGUGAACGAUCAUCUGGAAGAUAUGGUCCAAAUAAUAGCAGUGGUAGUGGUGGUGUUGGAAUGGGAAAUGGAAGUGGCAGUAAUGGUUCUACUGCUGCCAAUCCAUUAAGUACUCCAAAUAGUCGAGCUAAUUUGGCUUUACCUUUGAAAACUACUACAGCUAUGAGUGGUCAGAGCAGCGGAAAUUCCAAUUCAAAUUUGAAUUCGAAUUCAUCUAAUCUUUCCAAAGACGAUAUAAAUCGUCAGUUAUUUGAAGAUCAUUCACGUUCUUCGACGGUUGGUGGUAGCGGUGCUGGUGCAACAAGUGCUGAUGCAAAAUUUUACCAAAAAGAUAAUUCCAACUCAACUGCAACUGGUGGUGGCAAUUAUUCACGCAACAGCAUUAAUUUGGAUGGUCUAAAAGUAUCUGAUGAUGAGACUCCGUAAUUAUGGUUCGACUAGUUUACUGCUUGACGAAGAAACCGAAGGAAACAGUGAAUAAGGGAUUAUAAAACAUACAUUGGGACUUUGCUAUGUUAUUUUAAAUAACUCUCUCUCGUAUUAUUAAGCACAUAAAAUAAGUAUUAAUGGAAAAAAACGAGAUUUUUAUUAUUAUUUUGUCUACUUUAAAUUCAUUUACAAUUAAGUAUUAUUGUAUAAACGAAAUAUAAAUUAAAAAAAAUAUACUACAGUUAUAGGCAAUAAAAUAAAUACAUUUGAUGGUCGACAAAUAUAUGUAAAUCUUUAGUAAGAGAUGAUGAACAAACUUAAAAUAUGGCGUAAAUUUUUCUUGUAAAAGAUCUGCGAAAUAUAUUUGUCCAUUUACCGGUCAUUUAUGAACCAAUUUUUUCAAUUGUGAAUGUUAGAAAAAGUUAUUAAAAUAAAAACAGAAUCUAACGAAACGUCACUAUAUUAACAACAAAAUAAAACUUAGCAAUGAUCAUAACAUAGAAUUCGUAUAAAAUAUUAAAAUGAAAUGAAAAACAGAUUUGCCAAACGGAUAAAAUAUAGAUUUGAAUCGAAAUGCAGAAUAGGAGUAUAUAUAUUUUAUUGCCUUUAACUGUAAUAUUUAACAGAUUUAUUAUUACUAAGUAUAUAAAAUAUUGAAGUUCUAUAAUUCGCAAUACCAUACGAUUUUUUAUAAAACUACAACCAAAUUUGAAGCUAUACUUUCAUUCCUAUUGACUUGUUUAACUGAGUCCGUAUUAACAUAUUAACUUGACCAGAUAGUUUUUUUUAACUAAAAGUGGACCCUAAUUGAUUAAAAGAUGUUUAGAAGAAAGAUUAAUAAACAAUUAUGAAAUUGAAAGUUUAUCUGCAACAGCAUUAACAACUGCUUUUUAUAAUAACUUAAACCGAAACGUAACAUUCAUUAUCGAAUGAAAAACUAUUUACUAUAUUUCCUGUUCGAUAUCGAAUGCCGUUGCUAUAUGACGACUAUGAAUCUCAUAAAUCUAUGAAGUGAUUCUGAAAAUUAACCUUCUUCAAUAUUAAAGAACUGUUCAGUUAAAAUUUGAACGUAAUAAACUUUGAAUUGUUAGCUCUUAACACUAGAAAAGAGGGAAAAGACUUCAAGAGUGUGUUACUCACCAGAGACGUCCAACAUUUGAUUUGAAACUAUUUAUUACAAUUUUGAACAGUAUAUUAAAGAGAGAUCUUCCUUUCAAUCUUAACAAUUUUGUUCCUCAAAAUAUCUAAAAAUUAAACUAAGGAAUGAUAAAAAAACUAUUAUUGUAAUUGAAUAGCUUUUGUGGAUCUGCACUAAAGAUUUAGCUGGAGAUUGCUCUUUAUUUCUUAUAUAUUAAACUUCAAAAUUUUAUAUUACAAUCAAAAGAUAUCAACAGUUUACUGCUUUUAAAUUUUAAUAGAACAGUUUUUUAGUUCAAUAUUUUCUUUGGAAUAGUCUAGAAAUAACACAUAUGGAACGUUUUUAUCGAAUGUCGAUCUAUUAAUAAUAUUGUGUAGUUCAAGAUGAAAGAAUAUUGAUACCUGUUAAAUAUUCUUUGAAAACCCAUUGAUUUGUUACCUUUUCUGAUAUUUAUUUCUUGGUAACAAAAUUGGAUUCAAUUCUGAUAUCUAUUUUGCUCUGAAUGAAUUUAUAGGCGGCAAAAUAUCAGGAUAAUAUUGCUUAAUAUCGAGUGUAUGGUUAAUGUUGAUCAAAAUAAUAUAUUUUUAGCGAACACAGAUGAAAAAAUUGUAAAAGCAUUUGUUAGAAAAUGACAGAAACCUUAUAUUAUUUGGACUGAUAAAAUUAGUACUAUGACUUAUAUAUAUUAUUUCAUAAUAAUUAUAAGGUAAAAUUUAAUUUAAUACCUUAAACUUAAUACUAUAAUAUUAACUAUAAGCAUCACAGCAAUCGUUUUAGAACUAUAUACAUACAUAUAUAACAAACAUUUCAGGCCAAUCAAAUUUGAAAAAGUCGAAAAAUAAAGAAUAUUUUUGAAAAAGAUUAAGCUGCGCUGAAUAUGGCAUCUGAAUUUCUCCAGGUUUUUAAGAUAUCGGGUGUUAAAGUUUGAAAAAAAUCCGUUUUUGAACAUAUUUCGUCGUUAUAACAGCGGGAAGACACCAUUAUUUAUAAUUUUUAUUAUAUUAUCUCUGAAUGUCCAUAGCAAAAUCUUUAUUAUGUCAUCUGAAUGUCCAUAACAAAAUCUUUAUUAUAUAUUCCUCAUUCUUCGAGAUAUCUUAACUUAAAGCUACAUUAAAAACAAGUAAGAAUAUAUAGUUGGGAUUGGCCGACCUACACCAGUGAGUGAACCAGUGUUGAAAAUGUGGAUUACUUAUUAAUUCAGACAUUUCUCUGAAAAAUGGUUUAUAUGUGGCCCGAUCAUUCCGAAAAUCGGCAGUAUUAUUUAGACUUAUAUAAAGUAAAGUUUUGUCGAUUUUUGUACAGAUACUAGAACAUUCAACAUAAUUAUGUGUUCAAGAGUCCUAUUCGAGGGGUAUAUGGGGGCUAGGUGAAAUGAACCGAUUUCAAUAACUUUCAAUAGGCUUCGUCCUUGGAACAAUCGUCUCAUAAAGUGAUUCUGUAAUGACUGGUAUACUUUAAGGUGUGUGUUGGAUUAAUAUUUUUGGGUGUUACAAACAUCAGCAUAAACUCAUAAAACCCUCCCCACUAUAGGGUGUAGAGUAUAAAAAGUUGAAUAUUAGUUGGAUAUAGCUCAGCAACAAUUCAAAAAGUGUUUUUUUUUUUUUUUUUUUUUGGGAAAAAUUGUGACAAAUUGUGAUAUAUGCGUUCUUGUAAAAUAAAGGCGAAAUGUAGUCAAAAACUAAGAUUUUGUCAAUUUAUGAAUGUUUCGAAAUUUAGAUUAAGAUAUUACGAAGAAGGAUGGGAGGUUAAAACAUUAUUUUAAAUUCAACCGCUUGGACUUGUAGGACAUAACAAAAUUAUUUAAUAAAGAUGUCUUCACUCUCUUAUAACGUCUCAAAUAAGCCAAAAACAGAAUUAUUUACAAUUUAAAGGCUUAAUAUCUAAAAUACUUUGGUGUCUAGAUUAAAGAUAGUUUUGACCAACUUAAUCAUAAAUAUUAACGGUAAUAAUAUAUUUUAUGUGUGUUUUAAAACAAAAUAAGAACAAAAAUAUACAUGAUAUUAAAAUAAAUAAAAAAAAUUUCAAAAGCAACAAAAAAAUAAAAAUAAUAUUAAAAAUAA